CACAGCUUCCUAUUACCAUGGAUAAACCGUCCACGGUGGUGUUUCGAAAUGUGGGGCAGCUGUACUUCCCCCAAACCAGAGUAGAGUGCCACUACAGUCUUACCUCUGACCACCGGUGGAGCAGCGGUGACUGGAUCGGGAUUUUUGAGAUGGGCUGUUCCUCGGUGAAACAGUACUACACUUAUACAUGGGCUGUUGUUCCUAACGGCUACACUGAGGGUACCAGUAUCAACUGCUAUGUCCUUUUCCAGGCAUCCUACCUGCCCCGCUCCAGUGCUGUGCAGUAUCAGUUUAUAUAUGUGGAUUCCAUGGGAGAGGUGUGUGCCCGUAGUCGCUCCUUCACUUUCCGUGCUCCCAAGCCGCUGGAGGAGCUGGAGACUCUGAAAGAGGAACAAGAUGAGGAGGAUGGAGAGGAGGAGCUGCUCAUAGUCAUCCCCAGGGCUCAGCUGUUGCAGAGUCAGCUGGAUGAGUGCUUUAAAAAACAAGCCAAUACACAGCAGGCUCUGGAUGAGGCAAAAGAGGAGACAGAGAACGAGAAAAGCAACAGCAACACAGCCAUGGUGGAGUGGGAGCGGGAAAGAGAAGCAAUGAAGGAGGAGCUCUCAGAGCUUAGAGACAACUUAAGACUCAACUGUGAGAUGUUAAAGAAGAUGGAGGGAAAACACACGUUUCAGGCAGAUCAUGCCUCCAGAUGUCUUGGGCAUGGGGAAUAUAGUCAGGAACAUCUGACAUAUGAACUGAGUAAUCUCAUGGCUGAAAAAGCUGAGAGCCAGCAUCGAAUUAAAGACCUGGAGGAGGACAUCAACAUCCUGAAUGACAGGAAGAAAGAGGAAAACAGCGACCUGGAAAGGCUGAAGGAGAGAGUGAAGAAAAUGUCCAGUCAAAUGAAACAUGAUGAGGAAACAAGAAAGUGUCUGCAGGUGGAGAACCAGGCUGCCCUGGUGGAGGUACGGGGGCUGCAGGAGCGUCUGGAGACGAGUGAGCAUGCAGCCGAAGGCCUGCGGAGGGAGCUGAGAGAGCUGGGCACCCGUCAAGGCCAUACCCACACUGAGUUGCAUCAAGCCCGGCUGCAAGUGGCCCAGCUAACCCUGCUGCUGUCUGAGGAGAACCUGGUCCUCAGGGAGGAUCGUGCCAACUGGGCUCUAGAGAGGGAGGCUUACAAACAUGCAGCAGAAACAGAUUCAAAUAGAUUUCAAGAACUGAGCUGUGAGGUACAGAGGAAGGAAGAGUGGCUCCAGGAGGAGAGGAUGGAGAGGGAGAAACUAGAAGUAAAGCUUGGGCAAGAGAGAGAUUGCAAUCGAGUACUGCUGAGUGACACUAAGCAAGAGCUACAGGAUCUGAAGGCCAGUGUGAGGACAGCCCAGAAAGAACGAGAGGAGCUGCAGGUGGACAAACAGGCAAGGGUCCACACUAGACUACAUAGACAUCUUAUAUUAAUUUGUAAGAUAUAGCCUAAUAAGUCUUUCAUUCAAGAGUAUCAAUUUUACCUCUCUAAAAAAAUCAUCAGUUUUGUUUAUGCUUUUUUCUCUUUUUUCUUUUAAAUACCCGAUGCAAUUUGGAACCAAAGGUGCACUGACUCAGGGUGGCCUCAACUACAGUAAAUAAGUUUGCAGUUUUCAGGCAUACUAUGUCAGAGUAGUUGAACUUUACUGCUACUACACUACAUUUUAGAGAUACAUAUUGUACUUUUGCCUAUUUAUUUGUGUUUGGUUAGAAUGAGCUCUUCAUAGAGAGCAGGUACUCUUCCCUGGAGCGCACCUUGUUGCACCAACAUGUUUCGACAGUAGCCGAGAACAGACAAACCAAAAGCUUCUUGCUUUUUAACGUUAAGGCAGCAGUAUGAAUUUGGUGCCGCAAAUGCACCUGAAGUCACCAUAGGUUCUUCUACAAACUUUGAAAGGGAGCUAUGAGUGUAUUCAGUAUGCAAAUGGGCCAUUCGCGAAUUUGCUACUUAAAUUAUGUUUUAUUGCUAAGACUUUAUACUUAAAAGUAUUCCUACAUUGUGAGGUUAUUAUUAUAUAUCAUUAAAAGAUCUGAACAUGUCCACCGUUUACUGACAAAAUAUAGCAGAGUUAUAACAAUAGUGUUGAUAAUAUCUUUAAUUACAAAAAAACUAAACUCAACAGAAGAUAAGACAAUACCAUUACACCUUUUUAAAUUCAAAACCUCACAAACUUGCUUCAACAUUAAGUUAUUAUUUGUUUUCUUAAAAUCUCCCUCUGUGGGUUUGAAAUUGGACACCCACAGUACCUGAUGAACUACAUCCGUCAGUUAGAGCAGAGGUUGGGGAUUGUGCCAGAAACUAAUUCAAAUGGGGAAAUUCCCACAUGGAUCUGUGAGUAAUGAAGUCUUUGUAUGCAUCACUGCCAUUUCACUGCACUGUAAUGUGUGCCAAAGCAGAGCAUCUAUACUGAUUUUAAACAGCUCCUGACUGAUCAAUCUGUUCGCCUCUUUUCCUGUCCACUCGGCUGCAAUGACUUAACAAAGCUGAGCUCCUUGCUGCUGAUUUGCAUCCAAAGCAAAGAAGACACACCAGCCUCUGACACACAGGGUGUGACGAGACAGCGCUGUGAGCCCCCAGCUGGUGGAGGGAAGCUGCUGAUGCUACCACAACCCGUCAACCCCGUCCUGAGUGAGCUGGCCGACUCCCCCAUGUGGUAAAAAAGAAAGAAAGAUGGACGGCAACUUGCUGGUUUACCACUGCAAUGCAAGUUCAUGCGGCUCAUAAGGAAACCUUUCAUGCUAUUCUAUUACUUUUUUUUAGCUUUUCAUGUAGAAAAUUGCCUUCACUAAGGUCAUAUUUAUAGUGCAGAGUCUUAAGUGUCUGAAAAUGUUGUGUAUUAGUAUGCCUAAGAAGCAGAUGUUCAUAUGCAGAUACCAAUUGUCUAAAAAUCUAUUUCAGUUUAUUUUAGACUAUUUUUAAUAAUAAAUAAUACUAAUACAUAUUUUUAGCUGAUUUAAAUGUAGAUAUGUUAUAGUUGUUUUGAGAAAAGCUUGGAUUUAACAGCCUACGUCUUGUUUUGGUGCCAUAUCAGCCCCAUAACUUCUGCAUAUGAGAGUGAAUCCUGAACCCCUGUUGGGUGUGGGAAAGUGUGAAAUGUACUGCUGCACCUUGUUGAGCAUGAAUGUUAAUUUAUGAUAAUUGUAUUUAUUGAUCUGUGCUU